ACUUUUUCCAUGGCUCGAAACUCUUGACCUUUUGAUGCAUGUAGCAAUAACUUUAUCAGUUACGACAACGCUCCCCUUUCUUAUAAGGAGCCUCAUUCUCUCUCACAUGCUUUAGAGUGUCUAGCUUACUUGAACUCAAAGUCUUAAACUCACACCUUCACCUCUAUCUUCAAGAAAAUUAACAAAAGGUUGAAGCAAGAUGGUAGAAGAUAAAAUAGAUGACAAUGAGGUAGAACAAUGGGGAGAAUCUCCUGUAGUGUUGUUACAACAGAAGAGUAUGGAAUAUUCAAUUAUAAGCAAGAGGUCAUCGAGAGCUCGUUAUUCCUAUGGCAUUAUAUUCUUGAUUACAAAUCUUAUAGCUUGGUUUGUCCGCGAUUAUGGUGAAAGAAUUCUUCCUCUGCUUCAUUACUCAAAAGCAUGUGGGGAUGGCGGAAGUGAAUGUUCUCAUACGAUGGGGGUUCUUCGUGUGAGUUUAGGUUGUUUUAUUUUCUUUUUAGUAAUGUUUCUUACGACAUGUUUCACAAGCAAGUUGUAUGAUGUUCGCAAUGUAUGGCAUUCUAGCUGGUGGAUUUUGAAGUUUCUCAUGUUGAUCAUUUUUACGGUGAUUCCAUUUUUCGUCCCCUCAGAUUACAUCCAGUUAUAUGGUGAAUUUGCUCGAGUAGGUGCAGGGGUUUUUCUCAUCCUCCAGUUAAUAAGUGUGAUCGAGUUCAUCACGUGGUGGAAUAACUAUUGGAUGCCUGAUGAACGAAAGAAACAAAGCUGCUCCCUUGGUUUAUUCAUGUCAACAGUCUGUUACAUCGCUUCCAUUUGUGGAAUUCUCGUGAUGUAUGUGCUUUACGCCUCCAAAACAUCGUGCAUUCUGAACAUAUUCUUCAUCUCCUGGACUGCAAUUCUGUUGGUAGUAAUGAUGGCUGUAUCUUUACACUCUAAGGUAAAUAGGGGACUUUUGUCUUCAGGGAUUAUGGCUUCUUAUGUUGUUUUUCUGUGUUGGAGUGCUAUUCGAAGUGAGCCCGCCACUCAGAAAUGCAGCUCUCAGCAACAAAACAACGCGCAUGGUGGUUGGACUACUGUAAUCGGCUUCUUGAUUGCUAUAUGUGCAAUCGUCAUGGCAACGUUCUCCACUGGCAUCGACUCACAAACAUUUCAGUUUCGCAAGGAUAAAGUUCAAUCGGAGGAUGAUGUUCCCUACAAGUAUGGCUUCUUCCACUUAGUGUUCUCCUUAGGAGCCAUGUACUUUGCUAUGCUAUUCAUCAGUUGGAAUCUUGAUGGUUUGCCUCGAAAAUGGAGUAUUGAUGUUGGUUGGGCUAGUACAUGGGUAAAGAUAGUGAAUGAAUGGUUUGCUGCUACAAUAUAUUUGUGGAAAUUAAUAUUGCCAGUAGUGAGACAAACAAAAGUGAUGGAUCAUGAAGAGACAGAACAACAAAUGGACAACUCAACUUCAGUGUGAUUUUUGUUGCGUAUCGUACGUUGUUCGGACUCUUCAAAAAUUUCAACAGUUAUGCUUAUGUAUCAUCGAAUGCUUCAAAAAUCGUAUCGUUUUUGGAUAAUAAGUCACAAGGUGGCAAAAUGUGUAAAAUGAACCACCAAGGGAUAAGAAAAUUUUCAUGUUAUAAAAUAAUUUAUGGGUAAAGAUUCAAAAUUUACAUGAACUAAUUAUUAUCACCCUUCAUUUACCCAUUUUACCACUUUUUUGUGUUAAGCAUUUGUAAUUUUUUUUUUAAAAUGUAAUUGUAGAUUCUUUCUUAUUAUCAUGGGAAAUUUGAUGAAUAAUAAAAUCCCCCUAUUCUUUUUGUU